AUGAAGCACACUCAAGAUAACCGUCAACCAGCUUCAGUCAAUUAUAAAUAGUCGAAUUCAAGGCCUAGAGAUUCGAAUUGAUAACUAUAUGUCACGCAUUCCAAUGAAACAUUCAGGAAAUAAUCGGACAUGUUGAGUUUACUCAAUUCCCCACCUACUGAUGAGAAACUUUGUGAAGCCUAUCAUCUCGAUCUUCAAUCGCCUGAUGGUAGCUCCAUUAAAUUCGGAGAGCUUGUAGCAGGCAAAGGGGACUGCAUCACCACAGUGGUCAUAUUUAUCCGACAUUUUUUCUGUGCUUAUGAUCAAGACUAUGUUCGAGCCCUAUCGAGGCACGUCACAAAUACCUUCCUCUCCAAUCUUCCGGCCCCAGCCGGCCCGACACAACUUAUUGUCAUCGGAUGCGGAGAUCACUCACUGAUUGUACCGUAUAUGGACGAGACCACCGACGCGUUCCCAAUAUAUACCGACCGUUCUGGGACCAUAUACGAGACACUUAGUAUGAAAAGAACAUUAGCCGGGAUGGUUCGCCCCCCAGAGUACACCAAAAGAUCAUAUCUUCUCAGUCUCUUUCAGGCAUUGAAGCAAAUGUUCCGAAGUGGGCCGUCAAGAGCUUUCAAAGGUGGGAGUUGGAAUCAGAAUGGUGGCGAGUGGAUAUUCAAAGGAGGGAAACUGCAGUAUGUGCAUCGCAUGACACAUGUUUCCGAUCAUUUGUCAGCAGGAGAAUUGCUCAAGAUAAUUCAAUUGGACGAAACCCAAAUUGGGAUGAUGCAAGGAAAUAUUAGAAAGUACUGAUGGUGCGAUCUGUUUUGAUGCGUGUAUUAUAACAAUGUUCUGUCCUAUUUUCUUGGUGUGCACGUGCGCAAAGGUGUCUAUUAACUAUACCAAACAUUAUAAAUAUGAGCUUAUUUUAUAAUUGAUAUAAGCAGAAAAGUUAUUUCUCUUUCCCCUUCACUAUAAAAGAACAACCAGUAAAUUAAACGACCAAUACGAUUUGCUAAAUCAUCCCAAGGUUGGCAGAUAGAUUCCGGCAAGGCCUUGGAAACAUUGAUAACUCCCACGGUCCCUUGCCUUA